AUGCUGUCUGCGCUCGCCCCUCUAGCCCUGUCUGGGCUCCCAGGGCGGCUGCCCGCGGCCCCCGCGCGGCGCCAAGACUCCUCGGAUUCGUCAGGCACCUACUACACGGCUCCGGGCUCCCCAGAGCCCACGGACGUUGGGCCGGACGCGGAGGGCCGGGCGAAUUGGUCCGGGGUGGCCUUAGUGCCGGGGGCGGGCGCGCAGCCUCGCCUGUCCGUCAGCGCCCAGAAUAGCCGCCAGCACCACAGACUGGUCUCGGGUUUCCCACCAGGCCUAGGCUCCGGCCCGCGGCCACCCAAGCCUCAGCUGCGCACGCUGCCGUCGGGGGAGAUGGAAGUCAUAUUCAACACCGGGCCCCUAUUCAGCGCUUCGGACGUGGCGGAUCGCGAGGUGCAACAACUCACUGCGCGGGCUUUCCGCAGCCUCUCGCCACCGGAGCCCGUGACUCGCAUCCCCGACCCACCGCCUCCCCAAGCCCCCGACGGUGGCGUCCGCUGGGCUACCUAUGUGCAGCUGCGUCCCCGCGGGCCGAGCCCUACCGAACCAGCACAGUUCGAGUGUGUGGAGGUAGCGCUGGAGGAGCGCGCUGCGCCUGCGAGGCCCCGGACGGUGCCCAAGCGUCAGAUAGAGCUACGACCUCUGCCCCGAAGCCCCUCGCGGGACACCGACCCGCAUCGUCCCAGGCUGCUCCUGCGCACUGGCUCCCUGGACGAGUCGCUGGGUCGCCUGCAGGCCACUGCAGGCCUCGUGCAGACGGCGCUCAGUAGAAAAGUGAGCCCAGCACCCUCUCUCCUAAGUAGGGCCACCUCCGGGCCCACAGGGCGACCAGAGCCCGCGACCCGAGAAACAGCCUGCGGCGCCCGAGUAGUACUGGAGGAGGCCAGAUGUCGACCACCUCGUGUACAAGAUCGGUCCACCCCCGCCAGGGCCCCGCGGCCGUGGCCCAGCCUCCGCGAGCGCGCGAUUCGGCGCGACAAGCCCACUCCUGGCACCGAGCCGCUGGGUCCCGUUAGUUCUAGCAUCUUCCUGCAGUCAGAGGAAAAGAUCCAGGUGGCGAACCACCCGGAACUCAAAACUCAAUUCCCGCGGGAGAACCCGGAUUCUACACGGAGUCUGCUCCUCCAGGAUAGGGCCCCCUGGGUCGUGAAACCGAGGAGCCCGUCCCCGCUGAGGGAGGCUCCUAAUGAGGCCCUGCAGAGUACUCGCUGCCCGCCUUCCCAGUCCCUGUCGCCGUGGGAUCGGGCUGUCCUGAAGGUGAGAAGCCCAUCGCUUCCCAAAGUUUCUUCCACACGCGAAAAUCGGAAUGCGGCCGUCGAGGAAACUGGCAGCAGGAGAAGCAGCCCCUCCCCUCCAACUCUUUUCCAGUGGGAUCAGGGAGAUGCCAGGGCAAGAAGCCCAUCCCUCGAAGCUCCUGCCCUGUGGGAGGUUCCGCUUCCGCCAGUCCGGGCUAAGGUAGCAGGAAGCGAGAGCCCUUCCCCGCCGGCUUUGCCCGCGUGGGAGCCUCCAGAUCGUCCUAUGGAAGGACCAUGGGGCCUAUCAUUUCAAGAGACGUGGGCUCCCACGGCGCAGCGAUCAUCAGGAGCAACUACGCAAAAAGCUCUGAAUGGAGUCGCUCAGGAGGAGCAGAUGCCACCUACACCAGGGACUCCGGAACUAACGGAGGCGCCAAGUCAGUCCACCAAGGAGAUUCUGGAUCUUGCCUUUAGUGGCAGUCAGCUAGAGUUGACUGCAUCUGAGCCGCCCUGCAGUCAGCUAGUUAGCGACCUGGACGCAGACAAGCGGCCUGAAGCCGCAGCCUCGUUGGAAGCAGCCUCGGGACGCCCGUGCGUGGCCAUUCCACGACCCCGCGACGUGCGCAAGAUAGUGAAGACCACCUACGCGCCAAGCUUCCCGGAAACCACUCCAGGUUUAGAGCUGCCUGUGCCUCCUUGUGAUCCCCACUUGGAGGAGGAAAGUACGUCCAAAGCGCAGGAGCACCAGGCGCCGUGGCCUCCCGCCCCAGCUCACUACACAUCCAUCUUUCACAAGGAGUUUCUGCCGGUCGUGUCGCACCCCUACGAACCUCCAGGACCACCUCUCAGUCUCGACACGGUCCCCCGAGACGUCUCGAAGCCCAACGGAGUCCCGCGGCGGAGGGCAGAAAACAACACAGCGAAACCCUUCGCGCGCACGGAGAUCCGCCUGCCUGGUGCCCUAGCUUUGAGCCGCCGACCGGAGAGAACCCCAAAAGUCCAAGUGCACGGUCUUGACGGAACCGACCCGGACAUCGACGAGGUCCAGCGACUCAUCGCCGACGAUCGCACCUCUCCCCAGCGGUUGCCUGUAGAGCCAGUGGGUACCUACCUUCCUCAGCCACCCCGUCCUAACUCCCCUCAGGCACACCCCAUUUCAAGUCCAGGGCUAUCACCCAAAUUGGAGACACCCACUGCGGCCCACGAGUCCACGGGUGCCUUUCAGCCACCUCUCCCGCGGGAGACCCUGGUGUCGGCCGGCAGGACAACCCCUGCCCAGCCUCGGGCUGCCUCAGCACCUCCCAUGGACAGGCUCCAGGAAGGCCCCUCCCAGGGGGCACGCAGGCUGCCUGGAGCUGCACAUCUGGGAAAGAUCCUGGUGGAUCCUGAGAGCGGCCGCUACUACUAUGUAGAGGCGCCGCGGCAGCCUCGACGGCGGCUGCUCUUUGACCCGGAAAGUGGUCAGUACGUGGAGGUUCUGCUGCCACCUUCGCCCACAGGACCACCCCGCCGCGUCUACACCCCGCUGGCCCUGGGGUCCAGCCUCUACCCACCUGCCUAUGGGCCCAUCUCUGGCCUCUCAUUACCGCCAUCCCCAGGCUUGCCGGCCCUCAGUAGCCCCCAGAUCCCUUGGGCCCCUGAGGCAGGACCACUAGACAGGAUGUACUACUUGCCAGUGAGUGGGACUCCCAGUCCGGCACCUCCUCUGCUCUUCUGUGCCCCACCCUCCAGCUCCUGUUCUUCCCAGCAGGGCAAGGACUCUUUGUUCCCUGUGUGA